UCAGGUUGGGGGCGACAGACAAAAUGUGCAUGCCUUUCCUUGCCUCCUUCAAGUUCUGCCUCAAGACCAUCCUUUUUUACUGUGCUUUCAGCCAUACUACGGCCGUCCCUGGUGCAAACCCUGGAUUGGAGUCCCGAUGUGAAAGACAACAUUUAUAAAUGGAUGACAACAUGCCUGACAUCCUAGAAGAUCAGAGGAAAGUAUUCAUCCUCAUAACGGCAGCAAAUUAUUUUGGGCUUUCCCCUUCAGAUUCUCAUAUAUCAUCAUUGCAAGUCCGAAGGGAACUGAACAAUUUUCUGGAUGAUGGGAAUGAGUUUGUUCUCUCAUUACAGAAAUCUGGAGACCAGCUUGUCAUAUGUAACAAGGUUGAAUCGGGUGAUGAGAAGGAGAAAGUAUUGGUUUUCUUUAAGAUGCGCCCAGAUGUCAUUACUGAAGAGAAUCUGCACACCAAUAUACUUGUGUCGUCCAUGUUCGAUUCACCCAUAAAUGCUCUUUAUCAAGCAAUACGUCAAAUAUUUGCACCAGUACUUUUAAAGGAUGAGAAAUGGAGUAAGAGUUUUGAUCCAAAGCUUCAAAACUUGCUGACUCAGCUUGAAGCUGGUCUGGGAUCUGUAGUACGCCAAUCAGAUUAUAGUCACAGAGGGAAGAAAUUUGGAGAAGAGGACACGUCAGGGAUCCUGGAACCAAGUGAUGAAUUUCAGUUCUGGGCAGAAGUUGCUGCAACUGACAAUAAAUCGGAGAGAAAAGAUAGAGCUCUUUAUUUUCAAGAUCUAUUUCAAACCAUUGCACAGCAAUACAGUAACUUGGAUGCUCUUUCUCUGGCUGAUGUGGUGGACUUGGUCGAGAUUACUCGUGAUACAGUGGAUGAUGUGUGGAGGCAAACAGACCAUGAUCUUUACCCAGAACAACGCAUGCGCCACCUCCUGGAUGUCAUAGGGGGUGCCUUGUGUAGGUUUGUACAAAAACACCUUGCACAGUUCAAUUUAUGGGGAGAUGCUUUUCACAUUGUGAAAGAAAGCCUCAGAUCUGGCAUCACCAUAUGUGAACAGUGGGUGGCAGCAUGUGAUCAUCUGACUGGACAGUUGUGGCGACGCUACACUCCUCAUCAGUGGAAAAGUGAGAAGUAUUCCCCAGAGCUGCUGGAUAAACUUGCCAAGCGCCUGGAAGAGGUUCAAACUAUUAGAACAGUUCAUGAAAAACUUAUACGACUCUUACCAGCCAGAGAACAGCAGUUGCUUCAAGCAGCCCAGGUGUUUGAACCUUUUGCUGGACUGAAUCCUGUCCAGUAUAAUCCUUAUACUGAGCCACUGUGGAAAAUUGCUGUAGCCCGGUAUGAACGUGCAAUAGCUCCUUCAGAGCAGAAGAUUGCAAGCAAGCUGAAACUCUCUAUUGUGGAGGUCCAGGACAACCCUCAGCAGCUUUUCCAGGCAUUUCAAAAGUACAAAGAACUGAUCAAACGUCCCAGCAUCAGCAAGCAAUUACUUUCAGAGCGUGAAACUUUACUAGCAAAACUCAUAGACUACAUCAAAGGUAUUCAUACGGACUUUGAGAAUCGGCGGAGUGGUACUCCUGGGGAACCUUCAGGACCACUUACUGGCAAGAAUCUUCCAGAGGUUGUCAAUAACAUUGUUUGGGUUAAACAGUUGGAAUUAAAGGCUGAAGAUACCAUAAAGAUAGCUGAGGCUUUGCUGAGUGACUUGUCUGGAUUUCGGUCAUUUUGGCGAAAUUGCAAUGAGCUUUUGGACCAGCUGAGGAGCUACGAGCAGGAUCAGUUUGAUGAUUGGUCAAGGGACAUACUGUCAUCUGUGUCAGAUCCCAAAGCUGGCAUCAGCUUGCAGGCCAGUGGUCAGGUUAUGGAAUUGGAUCACUCUGAUGGAAAGCUGAAAAUACAUUACUCGGAUCGUCUUGUGACUCUGUUGAGAGAAGUGCGACAGCUUUCUGCUCUGGGGUUUGCCAUUCCUGCAAAAAUACAACAAGCAGCAAUAACAGCUCAGAAGUUCUACAGACAGGCGAUUAUUCUUAAGCAGGUUGCUCAUUUUUACAACACCAUUGAUCAGCAGAUGAUUCCAAGCCAGAGGCCCAUGAUGUUAAACUCUGCUUUAGCAUUUGAACAGAUAAUAAAGAACCCAAAGGCUGGCUCCAAGGAAGGGGCAGAUGGCAAGGUACAGAUAACUUGGGAUAACGUCAAGGAGUUAGAGACAUACAUUCAAAAGCUGCAGACUGCAGCUGAACGGCUUACCACAGAGAACAGGAAGCUGAGGAAAUGUCAUACUGACUUCUGUGAUAAGGUAGUAGCGCUCAUGAAUGUUGAUCUACUUCGCCAACAACAUCGAUGGAAAGAUGGAUUGCAAGAGCUGAGAUUUGUUUUCUCCAACCUUGACUCACAAGGUUUUCGUUCUGGUGAUAUGAAGGCUUGGCGACAACACUGGAAUCAUCAGCUAUACAAAGCACUCGAACAUCAGUAUCAGAUAGGCUUAGAAGCGUUGAACGAGAAUCUUCCUGAAAUUAAUGUGGAGCUCACAUUCAAGCAGGCGAGGUUGCAAUUUAAACCUCCUUUUGAAGAAAUUCGGGCAAAAUACUACCGAGAAAUGAAGAGGUUUAUUUCUAUUCCAAACCAAUUCAAGGGUGCAAGUGAGCCUGGGGAGGAGCCUAUCUUUGUUGUUAUGAUAGAGAGAAAUGCAAACGGUUUCCUUACUGUUUUUAGCAAAGCAGAAGAUCUGUUCAAACGUUUGUCAAAAGUGCUGGACAAAUUUAAGGAUUGGGUUAUACUUGGACAAGUGAAUAUUGAAACAUUGGUUGAGGAACAACUCCAAACUGUACAUGACUGGGAGAGGAAUUUCAAGGCACUGAAAGGAAGAGGAAAGGAUUCCGAAAGGCUGCCAAGUGUCAUUAAAGUGGAUUGUAUUACAAUUAAUUGCAAUCCUGUGAAGGCUGUGAUUGAUGACCUUAUUCAGAAGCUAUUUGAUGUCCUGCUUCUGUCAUUAAGAAAGUCCAUACAGACAAAUAUCCAUGAGAUUGACAGUUUUUUGAAUACUGCAAUGGACAUCUUAUCAAAGAGACCUCAGACAGUGGAUGAAAUAGGAGAUGCAAAUGCAAAGCACACCGAGCUUACUAUGAAGAAACCUUGCGUUUUACCACUGUUUCAAGAUGCUGAUGAUAAAAACAGACUGCUGCGCUCAGUAGCAGGUGGUGGUGUGGAAACUCUCAGCAACCUACGAGCAAAAUGGGACAAAUUUGAAUUAAUGAUGGAAAGCCAUCAGCUUAUGGUGAAUGAGCAGAUUGAACUCAUGAGAACAAAUGUUGAGUCUCGUAUAAAGAUGUAUUGUCAAGACCUGGAGAAAUUUCAGGCUCGUUGGAAUCAGCUGAAGCCCAGUAAUGAUAUUGUUGACACGGCGGACAAGGACAUUCUCAACAAAUGUGUUGAAUCAAUAAAGGAGAAGCGAAUUGAGUUUGAUGAGUUGGAGACAACGAGGAAGAAGUUAAUUGAGGACUGUCACCAUUUUAAGGUAGAGGAACCUGAAUUUGAGUUGGCAGAACGUGUCUAUCAGGAUCUAGAACAAUAUGAGGGCAUGUGGUCACUUUAUGAGGAGUUCAAUAAGGGAUUUCAGUCCAUGUUAAAUGAAGACUGGAUUUCCUUCAGGACAAAGACCUAUCUUUUUGAAGAAUUUUUACUCAUGUGGCAUGAUAAUUUAAGGAAAAGAGGUGAACACACAACAAUGACUGUUAAAUUGCAGAAGGAUGUUGACAGAUACAAGACCAUAGUACCUGUCCUAAAGUACGUCCGGGGUGAACAUCUGUCUCAGGACCACUGGCUAGACAUGUUUCGCCUGCUGGGCAUGCCCAGGGGCACCACUCUAGAGAAAUUGCUAUUUGUGGACUUAAUAAAAGUGGCAGAUGUCAUCCUGGCUAAAGCUUCUGAACUUAAAGAACUCAAUAGUCGUGCCCAAGGCGAAGUCUCCAUUAGAGAGGCUUUGCGAGAGUUGGACAUAUGGGGGGCUGGAGCAGUCUUUAUGAUGACCGAUUACCAAGAUAGCCAGAACAAAACUAUUAAACUUAUCAAAGACUGGAAAGACAUAGUAAACCAGGUUGGAGAUAACCAAUGUUUACUGCAGUCUCUUAAAGAUUCACCUUACUAUAAAGGGUUUGAGGACAAAGUAUCUAUUUGGGAAACUAGACUUGCAGAUCUUGAUGAAUAUCUGCAUAGUUUGAAUCAAAUUCAAAGGAAGUGGGUCUAUCUGGAGCCUAUAUUUGGUCGUGGAGCUCUUCCAAGAGAGCAAGCGCGCUUCAAGAGAGUUGAUGAUGAUUUCAGAUCAAUCAUGGCAGAUGUUCAGAGGGAUAACCGUGUAACGUCUCUCUGUGCUCGUGCUGGCAUCAGACACUCUCUCAUUACUAUAUUAGACCAAUUGCAAAGAUGCCAGAAGUCACUUAAUGAAUUUCUGGAGGAAAAGAGAUCAGCAUUCCCACGGUUUUACUUCAUUGGUGAUGAUGAUUUACUGGAAAUUCUGGGACAGUCAACCAAUGCUGCUGUUAUUCAAUCUCAUCUUCGAAAGCUCUUUGCUGGCAUUAACAGUGUGGACUUUGAUGAUGGAUUUCAAUACAUUACUGCAAUGAAGUCUCUAGAAGGUGAAGUUGUGCUUCUGAAAAAUAAAAUUCACAUCACAGAUGAUGUUGAGGUUUGGCUCAGUAAUUUAGCUAAAGAAAUGAAGGAAACUCUGAAGUACUUGUUAGUUGAAUGCAUUACUGCUGGGAAAAAGUCAAGAGGUGCCAUUGAUCCAUCGCACUUCCCAUCACAGAUCCUCUGCUUGGCUGAGCAGAUUCAGUUCACGGAAGGAGUUGAAAUUGCCAUUCAAAAUCAGAAAUUGCAACAGCUGGAGUUAGAACUGCUGGCGAAACUGGAGAACUACACAAGUAUAGACACCUACAGUGAUGCAAUAGGGACAGUUGAGACCAACAUCCUGGAAUUGAAGCUCAAAGCCCUGAUUCUUGACAUAAUUCAUAAUAUAGAAGUGGUUAAGCAAUUAAAUCAAGCGCAGGUUUCCACCUGUACAGACUGGACUUGGAGGAAACAACUUCGUUUCUACAUGAAAUCCGAUAACAAUUGUCACAUACACAUGGUGGAUGCCGAAUUUCACUACACUUAUGAAUACCAGGGUAAUGCUCCAAAACUGGUUCAUACUCCUUUAACAGACAAGUGCUACCUGACUCUCACCCAAGCCAUGAAGAUGGGCCUUGGUGGAAACCCAUACGGGCCAGCUGGUACUGGCAAGACGGAGUCUGUGAAGGCACUAGGUGGAUUAUUUGGUAGACAGGUUCUUGUUUUUAAUUGUGAUGAGGGUAUUGAUGUGAAGUCUAUGGGUCGAAUCUUUGUUGGUUUGGUAAAAUGUGGUGCCUGGGGCUGCUUUGACGAGUUCAAUCGCUUGGAAGAAGCUGUACUGUCUGCUGUCUCUAUGCAAAUCCAGGCCAUUCAGGACGCUUUGAAAAAUCACAAGCGUUUUUGUGAGCUCCUUGGGAAGCAGGUUGAGCUGAAUCCCAAUUCUGGAAUAUUCAUUACCUUGAAUCCUGCUGGAAAGGGUUACGGAGGGCGACAGAAACUUCCUGAUAACCUGAAACAACUUUUUCGGCCUGUUGCCAUGUCUCGGCCUGAUAAUGAAUUGAUUGCUGAAGUGAUUCUUUAUUCAGAAGGAUUUAAAAAUGGCAACAUUUUGGGAAGAAAAUUAGUCGCUAUAUUUAAUCUGUCCAAGGAACUUCUGACACCACAGCAGCACUAUGAUUGGGGUCUGAGAGCACUGAAGACAGUCCUUAGGGGAUGUGGAAAUCUCCUUCAGCAGCUAAAGAAGAGCAAAGGAAAAAUUGAUGAGAGUCAUCUUGUAGUGCAAGCUUUGCGUCUUAACACAAUGUCAAAACUGACAUUUGCUGACUGCACACGAUUUGAUUCUUUGGUGAAAGAUGUUUUCCCUGGUAUUGAUUUUAAAGAAGUUGAAUAUGCAGAACUGACUGCAGCUCUCCAUGAGGUCUUUGAGGAGGCAAACUUGGAAAUCAUACCCAACCAGAUCAAGAAGACUUUGGAACUUUUUGAGCAGCUGCGCCAAAGAAUGGGAGUAGUUAUUGUAGGCCCCAGUGGGGCUGGAAAAUCAAUACUGUGGCGGAUGCUACGGGCAGGUCUGGGUAAAAUUGGCAAAGUAGUGAAGCAAUAUACAAUGAACCCCAAAGCCAUGCCACGAAAGCAGCUCCUGGGCAACAUUGACAUGGAUACCCGCGAAUGGUCUGAUGGUGUAUUAACUAAUAGCGCUCGACAGGUUGUUAGAGAACCCCAGGAGAUCCAUUCCUGGAUAAUUUGUGAUGGGGAUAUUGACCCUGAGUGGAUUGAGUCUCUGAACUCAGUACUAGAUGACAAUCGAUUGCUCACCAUGCCAAGUGGAGAAAGGAUUCAGUUUGGACCAAAUGUUAACUUUGUGUUUGAAACUCAUGAUCUCAGCUGUGCUUCUCCUGCCACUAUAUCCCGAAUGGGUAUGAUCUUCCUGAGUGAUGAAGAUACAGAUGUGAAUUCUUUGGUCAAAUCGUGGUUGCGAAAUCAACCAGAUGAAUGUCGGAGCAAUCUUGAAAGCUGGAUAGGAGACUACUUUGAGAAGGGUUUAAAUUGGGUAUUGAAGCAGAAUGACUUUGUGGUGGAAACUAGCCUUGUUGGAAUGGUUUUGAAUGGUUUGUCUCAUCUUUAUGGCUGUAUGGAUCGUGGACAGUUCAUUGUUGGUCUUAUUAGGGGUCUUGGUGGCAACGUUAACAUGAAAUCACGACAGGAAUUUUGUAAAGAGGUUUUAAACUGGGCAAGAGAAUCUCCUCCAGAUCCACAUCAGCCUCUCGAUACGUAUUAUGACCGACGCACUGGGCGACUCAUGGCAUAUCAGAUGGAGAAACCGGAGAAUCUGACUGCUGAUGAUUUCAGUUGUCCUCAAAAACUUCCUGUCAUUCAAACUCCCGAUAUGCAAAGAGGCCUAGAUUAUUUUAAACCAUGGCUAAAUUCCAACAACAAACAGCCAUUUAUACUUGUUGGACCAGAAGGAUGUGGAAAAGGGAUGCUGCUUCGUUACGCAUUCUCUCAGCUCCGGUCUACUCAGAUUGCGACAGUCCAUUGCAGUGCACAGACCUCACCUCGGCAUAUUCUGCAGAAGUUGACCCAGACUUGCAUGGUGAUCAGUUCCAACACCGGCCGUGUGUACAGACCCAAAGAUUGUGAACGUUUGGUACUAUAUUUGAAAGACAUCAACUUACCCAAACCUGACAAGUGGGGAACCAGUAGCCUUGUUUCUUUUUUACAGCAGGCACUGACCUACCACGGCUUUUAUGAUGAAAACUUGGAGUGGGUUGGAUUUGAAAAUAUUCAAAUUGUGGCCUCCAUGUCAGUAGGUGGUACCAUGGGCCGACAUACAUUAACAACAAGGUUUACAUCUGUUGUCCGCAUCUGUACAAUAAGCUAUCCUGAUCGAGACCAAUUACAGGCCAUCUACAGUGCCUAUCUACAGCCUGUAUUGCACAGAAAUCUGAAGAACCACGCUGCCUGGAAUGCUCCUGCACGAAUACACCAACUGGCUGGAUCAAUGGUGCAAGUUUACGAACAGGUCCGAGCAAAGUUUACAGUGGAUGAUCAUAGUCACUAUCUCUUUACUCCCUGCAUUCUUACUCAAUGGGUACUUGGGUUAUUUAGAUAUGACCUUGAAGGAGGCUCAUCACAACACACAGUGGAUCAUGUUCUUGAAGUUGUUGCUUAUGAAGCACAUCGAUUAUUCCGUGACCGUAUAGUGGGAUCGAAGAAUAUAAACGCAUUCGACAACAUUUUAAUAUCAGUCAUCCGAGGAGAUUGGGGAUCAGAUGUUCUGGACAGCAUGACUGAUUGCUUCUAUGUCACUUGGGGAGCUCGGCAUGAAGCUGGCUCUGCGAUAGCUCCUGAUCAGCCCCUACCCCCACAUGGAAAGUUGCUGGGAAAAUUAAGUUCAGCUGAUCUGAAGGAUGUUAUCCAAAAGGGUAUUGUUCAGUAUGGGAGAGACAAUAGGGAACUGGAUAUUUUACUAUUCCAUGAAGUUCUGGACUACAUGGCCAGGGUAGACCGAGUGCUCAGCUGUCCUGGAGGCUCAUUGCUUCUAGCAGGGCGUAGUGGUGUUGGUCGUCGAACUGCUAUCUCUGUCAUUAGUCACAUGCACGGAGCCACCCUCUUUUCACCAAAGAUUUCCAGAAGUUAUGAGGCUAAGCAGUUCAAAAAUGAUCUAAAAACUGUAAUGCAGCUUGCAGGCCUUGAUGGACACCAGGUUGUUUUGCUUCUGGAGGAUUAUCAGUUUGUUCAGCCUCAAUUCCUUGAGAUGGCUAAUAGCCUGUUGUCUUCAGGUGAAGUUCCUGGUUUGUAUACACCAGAAGAAUUGGAACCAAUCCUGUCACCUUUAAAAGACCAAGCCUCACAAGAUGGAUUCACGGGACCCAUCUUUAAUUACUUCUCCUUCAGAAUUCAGCAGAACCUGCACAUUGUCCUCAUAAUGGAUUGCACCAACCCAAAUUUUACUAUCAACUGUGAAAGUAACCCAGCCUUUUAUAAGAGGUGUGCAGUGCAGUGGAUGGAAGGCUGGUCUAAAAGCAGCAUGAAAAAAAUUCCUGAAAUGUUGCUUUUACUAAACUAUGGACAAGAGGAGAAAGUGAAGAAAGAAAGACGCAGGAGUUCAAUUUCUGGUGAUGCUGAUCUAAUAAAGUCUUUCUUGAUGAUUCAUGAGUCCUGUAAAGAGUAUGGAGCUACUCCACACAGAUACAUGAUUUUCUUGGAUGUGUACAGCUCUAUUUAUACUACGAAAAAAACUGACCUUAUGAAACAGCAGAGUCACUUGCAGGCUGGCGUUUCUAAGCUAAAUGAAGCCAAAGCACUUGUUGAUGAACUGAAGAGAAAGGCAGCAGAACAAAGCGUAUUGCUGAAAACCAAGCAAACAGAAGCUGAUUCAGCCUUGCAAGAGAUCACAGUAUCCAUGCAGAAUGCCAGUGAACAGAAAACUGAAAUGGAACAGAUUAAACAGAAAAUUGCUGAGGAGGUUGUGAAGAUUGAGAAGCGUAAGAGUGUAAUCGAAAAUGAGCUUAAGGAGGUCCAGCCUCUGGUGGAUGAAGCCAAACGAGCAGUGGGGAAUAUAAGGCCAGAAUCUCUGUCGGAAAUCCGGUCCUUGCGCAUGCCCCCUGAUGUAAUCAGAGAUAUUUUGGAAGGAGUAUUGCGGUUAAUGGGUAUAUUUGAUACUUCAUGGGUCAGCAUGAAGAGUUUCUUGGCAAAACGGGGAGUAAGAGAAGAGAUUGCGACUUUUGAUGCCUGGAGUAUCAGCAAAGAAAUCCGAGAGAGUGUUGAGGGACUUUUACAGAAAAAUGGCGCUUCAUUUGACCCGAAGAAUGCCAAACGUGCAAGUGCUGCAGCUGCUCCAUUGGCUGCGUGGGUCCGAGCUAAUGUGAAAUAUUCCUAUGUGUUGGAGAAGAUUCAGCCUCUGGAAAAGGAACAGGCUACUUUAGUUGAGAACCUAAAGAGAACUGAAGAGCGGAAACAGAAUUUGGAAUCCAAGCUCAACAGUGUGGGACAGAAAGUGGCUGAACUUAAAGAAAAGUUCCAAACCAGAACUACUGAGGCUGCCAAACUGGAAGCAGAAGUGAAUAAAGCUCAGGAGACAAUCGAGGCGGCAGAAAAGCUGAUUAGCCAGCUUGACGGAGAGCACAGAAGGUGGAAUGCACAAGUAGCAGAGAUAACAGAGGAGUUAGAUACCUUGCCAAAGCGAGCACAGCUAGCUGCUGCUUUUAUUACCUAUCUAUCUGCAGCUCCAGAAGAUCAGAGGAAAGUGAGUUUGGAGGAAUGGAUGAAAUCAUCAGGACUUCAAAAAUUUGAUCUACGCCGCUUUCUCUGUACUGAAAGUGAACAGCUAAUUUGGAAGAGUGAAGGAUUGCCUUCAGAUGACCUAUCCAUGGAAAAUGCUCUUGUCAUUUUGCAGAGUCGUGUAUGUCCAUUUUUAAUUGACCCCACUUCACGGGCUACAGAGUGGUUGAAAACUCAUUUGAAGGAUGCACGUUUGGAAGUUGUUAACCAGCAGGAUGCAAACUUCAUUACAGCGGUGGAGUUAGCAGUACGCUUUGGGAAGACAUUAAUUAUACAAGAGAUGGAUGGAGUUGAGCCAGUAUUAUACCCACUGCUGAGAAGGGAUCUUAUUGCUCAGGGACCUCGGUAUAUUGUACAAAUUGGAGAUAAAAUAAUUGACUACAACGAAGAAUUCCGCCUGUUCCUGGCAACCCGUAAUCCCAGUCCCUCUAUUCCACCUGAUGCAGCAUCUAUUGUCACUGAAGUUAAUUUUACUACAACACGGGCAGGUCUCAGAGGGCAGCUGUUAGCUGUGACUAUCCAACACGAGAAACCAGAACUGGAGGAGCGCAAGACAACUCUGCUACAGCAGGAAGAGGAGAAAAAGAUUCAACUGGUGAAGCUUGAAGAUUCCUUGCUGGAGACAUUGGCAACUUCCCAAGGAAACAUACUGGAAAACAAAGAGCUCAUAGAAUCUCUCAACCAGACCAAGGCGAGCAGUGCACUCAUCCAAGAUUCCCUGACUGAGUCAUUCAGAUUGCAAGUCUCUUUAGAUCAGGAAAGGGAUGCAUAUCUUCCACUUGCCGAGACUGCCAGCAAGAUGUUCUUUAUUAUCAUUGAUCUAUCUAAAAUUAACAAUAUGUACUGCUUCAGUCUAGCAGCUUUUCUUAGACUCUUCCAGCGAUCCUUACAAACCAGAAAGGAAUCUGAAAAUACAGAGAUCCGAAUCACAGCUCUGAUCAGCACUUUGAAAGCUUUAGUGUAUGAAUAUGUCUGCCGCUCCCUGUUUAAGGCUGAUCAACUUAUGUUUGCAUUGCAUUUUGUUCGUGGAAUGCACCCAGAGCUCUUCCAAGAAAAUGAAUGGGAUGCAUUUACUGGUUUAAUUGUGGGAGACAUGGUUCGAAAAUCAGAUAGUCAGAAAUCAGUACGUGAAUCAAUUCCAUCAUGGAUCAAUCAAGAGAGAGUUGGAAUAUUAGCAGUUUUGAAGACUACCUUCCCGGCAUUGUACCAGAUGCUCUGCCUAGAAGAUACUGAUCUUUGGCUCACUUUCUCUCGAAGUUCAACCUGUGAACAAGAUCUUCCACUAUCUAUUAGUAAAAGAAUCACUCUCUUUCAACAGGUUCUGGUGGUUCAGGCACUUAGACCAGACAGACUUCAAAGUUCCAUGGCACUUUUUGCAUCCAAAGCCCUUGGAAUGAAGGAGUUGUCUCCACCGCCUUUGAAUUUGAAACGCCUUCUAAGUGAGACACUGGCUGCAGAGCCUGUUCUCAUUAUUAUUUCACCUGGCGCUGACCCUUCCCAGGAACUUCAGGAGCUGGCUAGUGAAACAAUUGGCAGGGAAAACUAUCAUGAGGUGGCUAUGGGCCAAGGGCAAGCUGAUAUAGCUAUUCAAACACUAAAGGAAUGUGCAAGAAAUGGGGAAUGGCUGUGUUUAAAGAACCUGCAUCUGGUUACGAUCUGGCUGCCUGUUUUGGAAAAGGAGCUGAAUACACUCGAACCACAUACAGGUUUCCGUCUUUGGCUCACAGCUGAAGUUCAUCCAAAGUUUACCCCAAUAUUGCUCCAGUCCAGUCUGAAGAUAACAUAUGAGGCCCCACCAGGUUUAAAGAAGAACUUGAUGAGGACAUAUGAAUCCUGGACGGCAGAACAGAUCGCUAAGAAAGGUUUAUUAGAACGAGCACAGUCUCUUUUCAGUUUAGCAUGGUUCCAUGCAAUUUGCCAAGAGAGAAGGAAUUAUAUCCCUCAAGGUUGGACCAAAUUCUAUGAAUUUUCUUUAUCUGAUCUCCGAGCCGGGUAUGAGAUCAUUGACAGGCUAUUUGAAGAAACAAAGGACAUUCAGUGGGAGUUUGUCCGUGGUUUGUUGGAAAAUGCCAUCUAUGGUGGGCGCAUCGACAACAUCUUUGAUCUGCGUGUCCUGAAUUCAUAUCUGGAGCAGUUCUUCAAUCCCAAAACCAUUGGGGGAUCGCAGUUCAGGAACAAAGCAUUAGCACCAUUUCCAUCAAGCAUAACAUUGCCCAAAUCCUGCAGCAUUAUGGAUUACCGUACUGUUAUUAUGAGUCUGCCAGAAGAUGAUAAGCCGGCAUAUUUUGGUCUACCAGCCAACAUAGAACGCUCGUCACAACGUAUUUUCAGCUCCCAGGUAAUUGCUCAGCUCCGGAUUCUCAGCAGGUCAAUAACAGCUGGCUGCAAGUUUGACAGAGAAAUUUGGUCUAAUGAACUCUCUCCUAUCCUCAAUCUCUGGAAGAAACUUAAUCAGGGAUCUCAGCUGAUUCACCAGAAGGUUUGUCCACCCAAUGAAAAGCAAGGUUCCCCAAUCCAGUCAUUCAUAGCCUUGGAACAAUACAACGCUAUUCGUCUGGUGCAGAGUGUCCAUCACUCUUUGGCAGGACUGAGCAAAGUUAUCAGAGGAACAUCUCUACUGACAUCAUCUGUACAGAAGCUAGCUGCUGCACUGCUCAACCAAGAGUGUCCAUUGAGCUGGCAAAGCAAAUGGGAAGGACCUGAAGACCCAAUGCAGUACCUCAGAGGACUCAUAGCUCGUGCACUCGCCAUACAGCACUGGGUUGAAAAAGCUGAAAGCCAGACACUGCUAUCAGAUUCUCUUGACCUGUCUGAACUGUUCCAUCCAGAUACAUUUCUUAAUGCUCUGCGUCAAGAAACUGCAAGAGUGUUGGGGUGCUCAAUAGACAACCUGAAGUGUGUUGCUUCUUGGAAGGGCCAGCUACAAGAUGCAAAGCUUCAAGUCAAGAUUGGAGGCCUGUACCUAGAGGGAUGUAACUUUGAUGGUAGCCGGCUUUCAGAAAACCAGCAUGAUUUUCCGAGUGUGUCAUCUGUACCCACCUGUUAUAUGGCCUGGAUUCCUCAGAAUUUUACUGGUCCAUACUCUCCUGAUGAGUACAUUUCCUUACCAGUCUAUACAAGCGCUGAGAGAGAUCGUGUUGUAACAAACAUUGGAGUCCCCUGUGGAGGCAACCAGGACCAAUGGAUACAGUGUGGGGCAGCAUUAUUCCUGAAGAAUCAAUAGUUUAUUUUUGUGUGUUUUUAAUGAGUCUAUCAAGCGUUAAAGCUUAUAUUGAAGCAAGCAAAAUAAGGUUUGUUUAUAUAUUGAACAUCCUGUUGAUACCAUGUACUGUCAAUCCGUUUUGGUACAUCAUAAUGCACAUUCCACAAGAAUGAGAUACUAUCUCCCUUUAUCUGAAAUACUUGUGUGUGNUUUUUUCAGAAGAAACAAUAACAUUUCCAGAGCUGACAGGAAGCAAUAAAAAUAAACCUGCAAAUGCUGGAAUCUGAAAUAAAAACAGAAAUUCUGGAAAUUCACAUCAGAUCAGACGUAAUACUUGAUUUCCUCCGAUUUUUAAGCUACUGUUUGUUCUGAUGAAGGUCAAGCCUGGAAUGUUAAGCCUAUUUUUGUCUUUCAGAUAUUUAUUACCACUAGUGGAUUCUUAUCCUUUUCAGUUUUAAUUCUACAAUCAAUAUCUAGUUUACUUCUGUGCCACCGUGAGUUUUGGUAGGUGACAAGAUUGUAUAUAAAAUACUAUAUUCUAUUUCCUGCAGUAUAUCACUCUGCUUUGUAAAGGAAAUGCAGCUCAAUGUUUAUCAUCUUCCAUGACCUCAGGAAUGUGUUUCUUGUUUGCUAGAAUUUGUUACUCUUUGGCUAUGUUACAUAUUUCAGAUGCUUGAGUUUAAUGUCAGCGAGAUUGUUUUGUCGAUUAGUAUUUUUUAUUGUGUACACCAAAAAUGAACAUUCCAAUGAGUUGUGAUGCUUCUGUUAUUGGAAUAAAAAAAUCAGUUCAAUUCUACCCU